UUUACGUGUAGGGUUUCUGCGAUGAGUGGAACAGCGCCAGCAGCAGCAUCAUCGGCCGCAAAUGUGGGAUCGCUGGAUUUAAAUCCUCCCUCGAUGGAGCUCCAGCGGCGGAUCAAGGAGGCGACCGAUACCCCGCGAGAGAAUCAAAAGGAUUUUCGCCUGGAGCAUCUCAAACAGCUGCCCUGGCCCGACGCGGCUUACAUCCGAGAGGCGAGGAGAAGAGUCCUUGCCAAAGAAGGAUUUAUCAUCGACAUGGAUGGAGUGAUUUAUCGUGGCGAUCAUUUGCUUCCAGGCGUCAAUGAGUUUGUAGCGUGGCUCAACGAUCAUGGAAAGCGUUUCGUCUUUCUUACGAAUUCCAGUGACAAGACGCCAGACGAGCUACACAGAAAGCUCUCUCGUCUCGGCGUUGUUUCUCACGGAUCUAAUUUCUACACUUCAGCAAUGGCAACAGCUGCCUUUCUUACAAGCCAAAAGCCGCAAGGCAGUGCUUACGUCAUCGGAGAUCCGGGUCUUCAUCAGGCGCUUUACGCUUGUGGAUAUGUUAUGAACGAUGUUAACCCGGACUAUGUUGUGGUCGGCGAAACACGCAACUACAGCUAUGAGAAAAUAGAACACGCCGUGCAUUUGGUUCUAAAUGGCGCUAAACUUAUAGGAACGAACUGCGAUAAAACGGAUCCCAGCCCUGCUUAUCCAGGAGAGGUCAUACCAGCUGCUGGUUCAUUGAUAACUCCCAUUGAGAAGGCCUCUGGCGUGAACGCUUAUUUUGUUGGAAAGCCAAAUCCACUGAUGAUGAGGAGCGCUCUAUCAGUGCUCGAAACAAAAAGAGUAGAGACUGUAAUUAUCGGCGAUAGGAUGGAUACCGAUAUUCUAGGCGGCCUUGAGGCUGGGAUUGAUUCUGUGCUCGUUCUCAGCGGGGUGACAUCGUUGCAAGACACGAGGCAAUGGUCUUUCCUGCCGCGGUUCGUGCUGCGUGGUAUUUUUGAUUUAGUAGACAGCAGCGGGAGCUAAGUUAAGUUGGCAGUUGAUCCGAUCAACCGGAUCUCAACCCGCCAUUGUCAUUCCUCGGCUUGCAUUUUUGGAGCUCCAGCGCAACCUGUAACGUGCGAAGAACAGUAUUGACAACAGCGAUUCUUUUCAUGGACGAAGAUCCAGAUA